UGGUCCUGGACCAUGAGGGUGGGGUGAUGCAAAGCUCUUGGAGCAGGCUCAACUCGGGUGCAACCCAGCAGGAAAUGCCCUGACCUUGCAGCCAGGCUGGACCCCAGUUCCACUCUCUGCUUGGCCCUUGCUGUGUGAGGCAGAUCUAUCUGCUAACCUCUGAGCCUUGCAGAAACAGCCAGGCCUCCGGGGCUGCUGAGAGGAUGAAAAGACACACUAUUGUCCCUUUUCUGCCACCUCGCAGGGGCUCCAUAAAAGCUGGUUAACUCAAUCAACAGUCUCAGAAGAGAUGAGAGGCCGCUCACAGCUCAGGAUGCCACAGUGAUGCACAAGCUGCUGCCUUUCUGGAGAAGAUUCAGCACCCAUAGGUCACGUAUGCACAUGACCUUGGAUUCUCGGGAUGCAUCCCACACACCCCUGCAGGGACCUGGGAGCCCUCAAAACAUGAAGCCACGGAUCUGCAGGUGCUGCUGCUCUGUCCUCACGGCCCUUUUAGGAGACAGGCAGGCAGGUGGCACAAGCCCAGUUUAAGACCAGCCUGAGCAAGAUGGCGAUACCCCCUACCUAAAAAUAAACUGCAGCCUCCACCUCUGAAGGUGAAGGGCGGAAUGGACAAGCAGGAUUAUGGCAGGAAAAGUAAAAUGGGUCACUGAUAUCGAGAAGUCAGUGCUGAUCAAUAACUUUGAGAAGAGAGGAUGGGUCCAAGUGACAGAAAACGAGGAUUGGAAUUUUUACUGGAUGAGCGUGCAAACCAUCCGAAAUGUGUUCAGUGUCGAAACCGGAUAUCGGCUCUCAGACGAUCAGAUAGUCAACCAUUUUCCAAACCACUAUGAACUGACCCGGAAGGAUCUGAUGGUGAAGAACAUCAAAAGAUACAGGAAGGAGCUAGAGAAAGAAGGGAGUCCUCUGGCAGAAAAAGAUGAAAAUGGAAAAUACCUCUAUCUGGACUUUGUUCCGGUCACCUACAUGCUGCCCGCUGACUAUAACCUGUUUGUGGAAGAGUUCCGGAAGAGCCCGUCGAGCACCUGGAUCAUGAAGCCUUGUGGCAAAGCCCAGGGAAAGGGCAUCUUCCUCAUUAACAAGCUCUCACAGAUCAAAAAGUGGUCCCGGGACAGCAAGACGUCUUCGUUUGUGUCUCAGUCUAAUAAAGAAGCCUACGUGAUCUCUCUCUAUAUUAACAACCCUUUACUCAUCGGCGGGAGGAAGUUCGACCUGCGGCUGUACGUUCUGGUGUCCACGUACCGUCCGCUGCGCUGUUACAUGUAUAAGCUUGGGUUUUGCCGGUUUUGCACAGUGAAAUACACCCCGAGUACCAGUGAGCUGGACAACAUGUUCGUUCAUCUCACCAACGUUGCCAUCCAGAAACAUGGGGACGACUACAACCACAUCCACGGGGGCAAGUGGACGGUCAGCAACUUGCGGCUGUACCUGGAGAGCACCCGCGGCAAGGAGGUGACCAGCAAGCUGUUUGACGAGAUCCACUGGAUCAUCGUACAGUCUCUGAAGGCCGUGGCGCCGGUGAUGAACAAUGACAAGCACUGCUUUGAAUGCUAUGGCUACGACAUCAUCAUCGACGACAAGCUGAAGCCCUGGCUGAUCGAGGUGAACGCGUCCCCGUCUCUCACCUCCAGCACCGCCAAUGAUCGAAUCCUCAAGUAUAACCUGAUUAACGACACCCUCAACAUUGCUGUUCCCAAUGGCGAAAUUCCAGACUGCAAAUGGAACAAGUCACCCCCAAAGGAAGUCCUUGGCAAUUACGAGAUUCUGUACGACGAAGAACUGGCCCAGGGCGACGGGGCGGAGCGGGAGCUGAGAAGUCGUCAGGGCCAGUCUCAGGGGCCCAGAGCAGGCCGGUCGAGAGACGCGGGGAGAGCCGUCCUCACCACCUGGAAGUGACUCCAACCUUGCCGAAGCGGCCCAGUCCCCUGGGGCCCCGCUGAAGCCCUGUUUUGGAGUUUUCCUUUUCUAGAGCUUUUUUCCUUUCCUGAGCCCUGUAAAUAAAUGAAAGCACGUCUUUGGAAGCUUA